AUGGUACCCCUCUCCAAGCUCCCUGGGCUCACCGCCCGCGCGUCGGGCGAGAUCCGCGCGGGCUUCCCCACACACAGAGCUCUCUCUCUAAGGCCUUUCUCCUCGUCCGCUCGGCUCUCUCCUCUCGCCUCUCUCUCUUCUCCGCGCGGUGGCGCGAGCUGCGCCUCCUGUCCUUCGCGGCUGCCGCCCUAUGUGCCUCCCGCUGUCGCCGUCGCGCGGGUCGCCUCGUUUCGUUCCCCCGUUGCCUCUUCUCCCAGGGCGUGGCAGCCGCCGUCGUCUCACGUCUCUUGGCUCGCCGCAGCUUCCGCGUCUCGUCCGGCGCGGUCGGCUGCGGAGCGCGGCUUCUCCACCGUCGCGCCGCCGCCGUCCCCGUUUGACUUCAUCGCGGUCGUGGGGGCGGGUCAGAUGGGGACGGGGAUCGGCAUGACGUGUGCACGCUGUCUGCAGGCGUCGCAGGUCGCGUUGCUGGACAUCUCUGAGACGCAGCUUCAGCGCGCGCGGACGCUGGCGGACGUCUGGAUCAACAAAGAGGUGGCGAAGGGCCGCCUGACGGACGUGGAGGCGACCGCCUGCUUCAAACGCCUCACUUUCUGGCGCCUCGAUCCCGACGAACUCUCGCUGUACUACCAGCGGUCUGCGUCGCCCGCGCCUGCGAACCUCCCUUCCUCCCUGUCGCCUUCCCCGGCGUCUCUGCGUGGGUCUGAGGCGCGCGCCGACUGCCGUGAGGCUACCCCGGGCGAACAGGACGCGCCAGACGCGCGCGGCGCGGCCUCCGCUUCGUCGCCGCUGGUGUCGCCGUCGUCUGCGGACGAGUGCCUGCGCCGCGCGACGUUCUGCAUCGAGGCAGCCUUGGAGAACGUGACGAUCAAGUCUGCGCUCUUUGCGUAUCUAGACGCCGUCACGCAGCCCAGCGCAGUCCUCGCGACAAACACGUCUUCGAUUUCCAUCACCAAGAUCGCCUCAGCGACCCGCCGCCCGCACCGCGUGAUCGGCAUGCACUUUAUGAACCCCGUGCCCGUCAUGCCGCUGGUGGAAAUCAUCACGGGCCUCUGCACAACUGCCGAGACUCUGCACGCGACGGAACAGCUCGCGCGGCUCAUGGGGAAGACGACUGCGCGCUCGCAGGAUCGCCCCGGGUUUAUCGCUAACCGCCUCCUGAUGCCCUACAUCAACGAGGCGAUCUUCGUUCUCCAGGAGGGCAUCAGUUCUGCGCGCGAUAUCGACACCAUUAUGAAGCUGGGGACGAACGUGCCAAUGGGGCCGCUGGAACUCGCUGACUUCAUCGGCCUCGACACCUGCCUGGCGAUCAUGCGCGUCCUGCGCAGCGAGCUGGGGGACGCGAAGUACCACCCGGCGCCGCUGCUCGUCCAGUACGUGGACGCCGGGUUCCUCGGCCGCAAAACGGGGAAGGGCUUCUACGACUACUCGAAAAAGCUGUAG